GGGGUUGUCGGUUAGAACAGGGGGUGCAAAAAGGAAGCGUUGCGUGUUCUGGGUUCAGUCUGCAUUGCGCAUUCACCAGAAGAACGCGUAGCCCUGUUAGGAGUUUCUACCACCGUCGAACGUCAGACCAACAGACAACAUCAGUAUAAUAACGUCAGUUGUUCAAACCGACACCGCCAGACAAUAAGAAAGAAUAAAAAAAAACCACUUCCGACGCGUAACCCUCGUUCAAAAAGAAAGAUGUGGGGCCGAGCAAACGUAGGAGUUGUCAUCCUGUUUCUGAGCCUGGUCUGCGUUUUCGCCAAGGAAGAGGUAACUGGAUACACGGAUUUUUAUCUCGAGACGGAGACGGUAGUUGACAAAGCAUCGGCAUGGCUAUGGCGCAAACGAGGAAAAGACGCCGGCUGGGGUAACGACACUCAACGAGUACUUCUAGCGCUACGUUUAGCCAACCUAUUUCUUGACGACAGCGUUCCGCCUCAACCCCCUCUGGAAAUGCAGCUCAGCGAGAAGCAAAUGGAAUUGGAAAUCGUACUCCUCUUAUCACGACACCACGAGGUACCACUUGCCCCCGUGCAUCUGGCUCAAUACACCCUGACCUUGAAUGCCCUGUGUAUGGACCCGCGACAAUUUCAUGGUCACGAUUUGAUCGGUACAUUGCAACAUCACGAGCCUCAACUAGAUUACGACUUCGCAGUUUCCACCUUAGCCGUAUGCAGUGCACAGGCUCACGUUAGAAAGCGACAGAUUCGAAGACUUCUCGACAUAGCGAACGCUGCUCAAGAUCAUAACAUCGAUACUGUAGCGAUGGUGAUUCUCGCUUUACGUUGCAUCGUCCAGGAUCACCGACAUCGAAAUCUACACCACUUCGUCAGAAAACCAUCGCUGGGACUCGCUCGACAACAACAGCACGACGGAAGUUUCGGUAAUCUGCACACAACUGCCCUCGUGAUUCAGGCAUUGGAAGAAGUUGAGAAUGAGCCAGCGGAAAAUUGGAACCGAACAGCGGCUGUCUCUUGGCUUGCCGCGCGCCAAGAAACGGACGGUAGCUUUGAAAAUGACGUUAAAUCAACAGCCGAAGCGAUUCUAGGACUAUCGGUACAACUCUCUGGUAAAGGACUCCCAAAUAUUCGGGGGCUUGAUUGCGGUCAGGGUAUCAACGAUGCUGUACCACCUCGUUUAACUACUCCAAAUGAAAUCGGCUUGGCAGACAAUCACAGUGAGAUAAUUCUGCUAUCACCUACCGGAACUAAUGCGACCAGCCCAACGGAACCGGCAGGGACGCAGGCUCCGGUUUUGGUGAACGUAACUUACACACUGUGGGUCGGCAGUAAUGUGAACGAGACAUAUAGCCUGACGAUUACGGCUCCCAGAAACGAAACCUUUUAUGGGGUGAUGUUACUUGCUGCUGAAAUGUCACCGCACUUCCAAUUCGCCGCCUCGGAAUGGCCGAAUGGGCAUUAUGUUCACACGCUCGCCGGGUAUAAAGAGGAACCCAUGUCUUAUCAUUACUGGCUACUCUACAGAUUGCUCACUCCACCUGACGCUGGAUCGCCACCAGGAAAUCAACUCGUCGCACCUGGAGGUGUCGAUGAUCUCCAAAUAAGCGAGGGUGAGCAUUAUUUGUUUUGGUACAAGAAAUUGUAAGACCCUGCAAAGAUGUGCAGGGUGAGAUUGCGAUCGAAAAAAAAGAGACAAAAGACCCUGCGGGAAACAAACAACGCAAAGCGGUCGGGGUAUCCAGGACAACUUGACGAAGAAAAAUGAAGAGGAAAAAGAAAACAAUAAAUGAAGAGAAAAAUGUGCGCGGCACGACGUCCCAGAGAAGAGACGCCCUUUUAUUUGACCCGCAAAACUAUGAUACGUCGCCUCUUGCAAUAGCAGCUUACUACGUGACGUUUUGUAUAAAACUGCAAUGCACAACCAUAUUGUACUUAUUAUCAUAUAUUAAUAUUUAAUAAAAAAAUUAUCAAUAUCAUUAAUAAUAAUCGUAUAACGGUAUACGAUCCACACAAUGAAUGGUUAUACAAAACUCAAUGGAUGUUCAUUAUCCAUUGAUGGUGUGUUUCGUCAAAGUUUUAAGGUAUCAUUGUAAUAUUUAAUAUGUAUAAUUUGUUCUAUGGCACCUGUAUUUAUUAAUCCAACCAUUGAAUCAUACGCGUUGCUUCUUUUAUAUGAUGAAAUGCUAUCGAUAUACUUUGAAUCCAUAGCCGUAAGCUAGGGUACCACACAUGGAGCGAACUAAUUUAGCUUUGCUUCGUUUGUCUGUAAAAUGCACUCGUUAAUUUAUAUAGGUAUUCGCAAACUGUUUUGUUGAUAACUUGGUUCAUAUGUAUAUUUUUCUAUUAUGAUUUCAUGAAACAUGUGUAAUGAUACAAUGAGUUUAUUAUUAAAGAAACCACAGUUUAGUCCGUAAUAAUCAUUAUAUGUACAUGCGACCAAUUAGAAUGUAUCGUUAGCAUCCACAAAAUAUUGUAUCGCAUUCGUACAGAAGGAACCCCCCCAACGCUGGCAUUAUCUGAUAUGCAUUCAAAUAUGAAGUACCAACAUCAAACACGGCAAGAGCGGAUGCAGCGUGGAAACCUUUACAUUGUGUACUGCCGACAUUAAUCAUGUAAUAAAUCAAAUGUUUACAAUUC